AUGGCUCGUUCAUGCACGAACAUCAGGGAUGUCGCCACGCUCAGUGCCUUGAUGACACAGCAUGCAUCUACUUGCCCGAUCCCGAAGAAGGACAGUGUCUCGAUGCAGCAACUCGAGAAUGACAGUUUUGACCUUGUCAUGAAGCAGUUGCGAUAUGACCUCCAGGCUCUCAAGGUUGCAGCAGGCAAGCGUGCGAACUGGGAGUCCACCGUCUACCAUACGAAGCUGCAACACAAAGUCAAGAGACAUGAGUUGAGUGUUGAGGCAGGCCAGUUCUUCCUUCAGAACUACUGCAAAGUUAUCACUUCUGAGACAUCAGAUGGUAUGCUGGCAGAGUUCAAUCUACACCGCCAAAACGUCAUCAACCGGCUUCGCUUGGACUCUUCUGCUUGUGCCAACUUUGUCUUCAUCAACUGGCUUGCCCCGUCAACUUUGAAGAGCGCAGUGCAAUCUGCCCAGACCCAAUUUGCGUCCCACUCCAUCAUCUCCUCCGAGCACAAUUUUGGAGCAGUGUUGAUGCCCAUCUUUACCUAUAAGAAGGGACAGCUUUGGAUGUUGGAGACCGCUACUUUGCGCAGCUUGGCCAUGGCAGGAUUGAAUGUAGACCAUUCAUGGCAUCUAUGCUUUGGGAAGAAGUCUGAUGCUCGCGAUGGUCGGCCCUGUACCUAUCCUGGCCGGUUGCUUCUUCACCCCACGGCAAAGGACCAUGUCUGGUCGACUUGCAGCCUUGUGAAGACUGGCAGGACGGCUGAUGCUGACAUGCUGCACGCAAGGGACAUGAUCCAGGUUGAGGACGUGCGAAUGGACGCACUGCCCACCAGUGUGGACGAUGACCACUCCACGGUGCAGGGGGCGCAGAAGUAUCAGCAGUUUGGCCUCAGCGCUGGGACGAAGAUCUUGGAUGCUGUGAUCGACGGGCUGAACAUUGCCAGCAGCGGGGCCCUGUUCAUUGUGGACAUCAACCCAGGUGUCGGCAAUCUGUUUGACGCCUAUGUUGCCAAGCGCCCAUCAGUGAAUUUCAAUCUCCAGUAUGUUUGCAUUGUCCCAGAUGCCAUCUCAGCUGAAUGGUUUUCUGAAAGCAAGGUGCAAAUGCUGGCUGCUGGACACAUGGACGGCAACAUCACGAUCCCCGGGCACACUGUGGGAGCUGCAGAAUGCCCAAGUGAUCUUCUGGAACAAGAACUUGAGUUGCCCAAACUCAAUAUCAUGGUUUCCCGGAAAGACCUGUAUCCUGAAGUGCCGGGGACGGUCAUGAGGCAGUGGGCAACACAUGGGGUUUUUGGCGAGGAGUUCAACAAAUUCUUGAACCAGCUUCAUGAGGAGUAUGGGCCCCUGCUGGAGCAGAAGGAUUCACCUACUGAGACCAAGACUGGCGCCGGAACGACUGAAGUCCCACAGGGCAAGAAGAGGAAGCCAAGCACUCCACCAUCGACUGCCAAGAGAACCAAGGUCGAUCGGGCCAAAGUGAUUCCAACGUCGGCGAAAUCAGCUUGA